GCGGUGAACCCCUCCUUCCCCAACCCGCGGCGGGGGCGGCGGGGGCGGGGGCCGGGCCGGGGGGGAAACAUCGAUGCCUCGCAGAACGAGCAGGAGCUCAACAAGCUGCUCAACGAAGCCUUGCUGGAGCGCGAGUCCAUCCAGGCGUUGAAGGGGAGGAGCACCUUCCGGCUCUCCAUGCGCUUCAUCGACCCCGAGAUGGAGACACGCUACUCGGUGGAGAAGGAGAAGCAGAGUGGGGCUGCCUUCAGCUGCUCCUGCGUCAUCCUCUUCUUCACCGCCUUGGUGGAGGUCUUCAUUGACCCCUGGUUGGUGGCCAACUAUGUGACCUUCGUUGUGGGGGAGAUCCUGCUGCUCAUCCUCACCCUCUGCUCGUUGGCUGCCAUCUUCCCCCGGGUCUUCCCCAAAAAGCUCGUGGCCUUCUCCACCUGGAUCGAUAGGACCCGUUGGGCGCGCAACACCUGGGCCAUGGCCGCCAUUGUCAUCGUCACCACGGCUGAUAUCGUGGACAUGCUCAGCUGCUGGCGGGACCACGGCAGGAUGGGCAACGGGACGGCGGGACCACCACGGCCAGGCGGCUGCGGGGAGCAGCCCAAGUACUACAGCUACAUCGCCCUCCUGGCCUUGGUGGCCACCAUCAUGCUGGUGCAGGUCAGCCACAUGGUCAAGCUGACCCUCAUGGUGCUCAUCACUGGGGCCACCGGCACCGUCAACAUCUACGCCUGGGAGCACAUCUUUGACCAGUAUGACCGCCGCCGCGGCCAGCAAAACCAGUCCUUGCUGGUCCCCUCCAAGUACUCCAUGACGGCGAUGAUCUUCAUCGUGAUGCUCAGCUUCUACUACUUCUCUCGCCACGUGGAGAAGCUGGCCAGGACCCUCUUCCUUUGGAAGAUCGACGUCCAUGACCAGAAGGAGCGGGUCUACGAGAUGCGGCGCUGGAACGAGGCCCUCGUCACCAACAUGCUGCCCGAGCAUGUGGCCCGGCACUUCCUGGGCUCCAAGAAGCGGGAUGAGGAGCUGUACAGCCAGUCCUACGACGAGAUCGGUGUCAUGUUCGCCUCCCUCCCCAACUUCGCUGACUUCUACACGGAGGAGAGCAUCAACAAUGGGGGCAUCGAGUGCCUGCGGUUCCUCAACGAGAUCAUCUCCGACUUCGACGCGCUCCUGGACGAACCCCAAUUCCGGUGCAUCACCAAGAUCAAAACCAUCGGCAGCACCUACAUGGCCGCUUCUGGAGUGACCCCUGAUGCCAAUGCCAAUGGCUACGGUGCCAAGAAGGAGACCCUCUCGGAUAAGGAGCGCUGGCAGCACUUGGCCGACCUGGCCGACUUUGCCUUAGCCAUGAAGGUGACGCUGAUGAACAUCAACUACCAGUCCUUCAACAACUUCAUGCUCCGCAUAGGCAUGAACAAGGGGGCUGUGCUGGCGGGCGUCAUCGGCGCUCGCAAGCCGCACUACGACAUCUGGGGCAACACGGUGAACGUGGCCACAAGGACCCCCCCAGCCUCCUGCCAUGUCUGCUUGUCCCCGCAGGUGGUGGAGGAAACUCACCUCAUCCUGAAGGAGUACGGCUUCCGUUUUGUGCGGCGGGGAGCCAUCUACGUCAAGGGCAAAGGGGAGCUGCUC